AUGUCGUCCCUGUCCAUUUUCCGUGUCGCGACGCGCGCCGUCCGCCCUACUAGCUUCGUCCGAGCUCCCAUCGUCCGCUCCCGGAUGCAGACCCCGAUCAUCAUGGCUGCCCGCGCUCGCACCUUCGGCACCACCUCCAAGUGCCUUUCCGGCCACGAGGACGAGACAUACGAGGAGUUCUCCUCCCGAUUUGAGAAGGAAUUUGAUGGUGUGCAGGAUGUCUUCGAGCUCCAGCGUAACCUGAACAACUGCUUCGCUUAUGAUCUUGUCCCCUCCAUUGAGGUCCUCAGCGCCGCCCUGAAAGCCGCCCGCCGUGUCAACGACUUCCCUACUGCCGUCCGUGUCUUCGAGGGCAUCAAGGCCAAGGUCGAGAACCAGGAACAGUACAAGCAAUACCUCCAGCAGCUCGAGGGUCUGCGCCAGGAGCUUGGUGUCGCUCUUCGGGAAGAGCUCUACCCCCAGGAGGAGUAA